CACAGGGAGCAGUGACCCCUACUGCAUCGUGAAGAUCGACGAUGAGGCCAUCAUCAGGACUGCCACGGUGUGGAAGACGCUGUCCCCGUUCUGGGGGGAGGAAUACGAGGUGCAGCUCCAGCCGGGCUUCCACAGCAUCUCCAUCUACGUCAUGGACGAGGAUGCCCUCAGCCGUGAUGACAUCAUUGGCAAGGUCUGCAUCACCCGGGACAUGCUGGCAGAGCACCCCAAGGGAUACAGCGGCUGGAUGAGCCUCAGCGAGGUGGACCCUGAUGAGGAGGUGCAGGGGGAGAUCCACCUGCGGGUGGAGGUGCUGGGCAGCCAGGGCAGCCGGCGGCUGCGCUGCUCCGUGCUGGAGGCCAGGGAUUUGGCCAGGAAGGACAGGAAUGGUGCCUCUGACCCCUUUGUCCGCCUGCGCUACAAUGGGAAGACACAGGAGAGCACCGUGGUCAAGAAAUCCUGUUACCCUCGCUGGAACGAGACCUUCGAGUUCGAGCUGGCUGAACCCGCUGGGGAGAAGCUCUGUGUGGAGGUGUGGGACUGGGACCUCGUCGGCAGGAACGACUUCCUGGGCAAGGUGGUGUUCAGCGUGCAGGGGCUGGAGGCGGCCGGGCAGGAGGAGGGGUGGUUCAGGCUGUGGCCAGACAAGUCCAAGCCGACAGAGGAUGGGCGCCGGGGCAGCCUGGGCUCGCUGCAGCUGCAGGUGAAGCUUCGGGACGAGACGGUCCUUCCCUCCCAGUGCUACCAGCCCCUGGUGCAGCUCCUGUGCCAGGAGGUGAAGUCGGGGCGCCAGGAUGGCCAAGUGCACCUGGUCACCCUCCUGGACGAAACCGCCACGGCCGAGUGCCGCCAGGAGGUUGCCAUCAACUUGGUGAAACUCUUCCUGGGCCAGGGGCUGGUCAAGGAGUUCCUGGACCUGCUCUUUGAGCUGGAGCUGGCCAAGCCCUGUAAGGCUGGAAUGGGGAGUGGACCCAGAGGCUUUCUUAUCAUCUCCUGGGACUGCAAAACGUGCAGGGCCUUUUGUGGGGAUUUUUUGGGAGUGAUGGUUGAGGCUCAGCCAUCACACUGUGGAAUCUGUAGGGCUCAUCCCAGCAGCUCAUGGGCUGGGGUUGGUGGAGGAGCAGGUGGGCUGAGGUUAGGAAAUCCCCAUGACCCCCAUGGAAGUGGCCAGGGGGGCAGGGCACAGGCUCUGGGAAUCACCCCAUGACUG